AUGGCUUUCCCUCUGAGAGUCGCAACAGCUGCUGCUGUUUCACGCAUUUCGAUGCCCAAAAAUCCACCAUUCAUUUCACUUCCACAAUUCAAUUGCACUCUCAAAUUCCAUAACUCGCCUUUUUUUCAUCCACACUCCAACGUUCUUCCCAAGCGAUCUCACCGCCACAUUCGAGCUAUAAGCGAGGCGACUGCGGAAGCUGAAAUUUCUAAGAAACAACAAGGCGAGUCGUCAAAAGAUUGGAAGAUUAAAAUGCUCUACGACGGAGAUUGUCCCCUCUGCAUGCGCGAGGUGAAUAUGCUAAGAGAGAGGAAUAAGAGUUACGGCACAAUCAAGUUUGUUGAUAUAGGUUCUGAUGAUUACUCUCCCGAUGAUAAUCAAAGCAUUGACUAUGAAACUGCUAUGGGAAGAAUUCAUGCUAUUCUCUCAGAUGGAACUGUGGUUACAGAUGUUGAAGCGUUUAGGAGAUUAUAUGAACAUGUUGGUCUUGGUUGGGUUUAUGCGAUUACAAAAUAUGAACCGAUGGCAAAAAUUGCUGAUUCUGUGUAUGGUGUAUGGGCAAAAUACCGUCUUCAAAUUACAGGACGGCCUCCUAUAGGAGAAAUAUUAGACGCUCGAACGAAGAAGGGUGAAGUAUGCAAAGACAGCAAUGCUUGCAAGAUGUAA